AUGCUGGGCAAGUGGAUUGAUCAGAUUAACCAAAAAAUUGAUACCGCUGUAGAUUUUUUUGUGGAUGAAGAGGAAAUUGAAGAUGACGACGAAGUGAAUCCUGAAGUUGUGGGGGAACACAGAACAGAUGACAACACGAAUGGGACUGCUUCUUCUCAAUUAGAUAUAAUCGCUUCGGUAUCGCCGUCUUUCUUUUUAUCUUCCUCGUUGGUUGAGUCGGAGGGAAACAACAUAGUAACAAGUGGCGCCACAGUCGUUUCCAAUGUAGGCAAACAUUCAGUAUGUGUGGAGGGGCUCGACAGUAUUGAUGCAAGUGAAGAUGCAUGUUUUCAAAAACACAGUAUUAAUCGAAGAGGUAGUCACUUUUUAUCUCCGGUGGUUGUACAUAAUACAACUCAUGCUGACAUGGUUAAUAACCAAGAUUCGGCGUUAGAAUCGUUAGUGAGGGCGGGCGUCACGACAUCGCCUAGUCCUUCACAGCAUUCAGACAUGAAUGAGUCCAGUUCAACUUUCCAAGAGGAAGCCGAUGGACGUGAUGCACAUAUAGAAAAUAACGUUUCUAGCACACCAUCAGUUAAUGCAUUAUUGCCUGAGAAGAAGUUUUCGCCGUCCGACGUUGUCUCGGAAAUGCUCACGACGCUUCCAGAAAAGAGUGUUCAGCCCAGUCAUCUGGUGGAACCCAUUAGUUCCUUCCUUCAUUCCCAAGAGAGAUCGCCUGAGCUUGUCAAGCUAAACACUGCCUCGCAAGAGGUGGAAUGUUCUACUUGUAAGGAGGAAAUGCAGCCCACGCUCUAUGAGCACUUAUCGACCGAGAUGGCUAACCCAGUCGCUCAUACCGAAGAGAUUUACACAUUGAAAGGACAUCUUAAACAGGCACAGACAGAAUUUUCUCUCAAGGGAAAUGCAUCGUCACAAGCUUCCACAAAAGAUGAGGUAUCUGUUGCUGAAGAGCUCGAACGAGAAAAGAGGCGUAAUAAGCAAUUUGCAGAAGAUCGUAAGAUGCUGUUAGGUAAGAUUAGUGAUUUAGAGGCAAUUGUAAAGGAUUACCAAGAAAAGGAGGAAUCGUGGAGCAGAAUCCAAAAGACGCAGCAAGAGGCAUUCAAUAGUUUGACGCAUAAAAAAUCCAAGCUAGAGGAAGAGUUGAAGCAUCGGAAAACAUGCAUUGUUGAGUUGUCUAAAAAGCUUUCCAAGGCACAGCAGUCAGAUACUUCUUUCAAUACUAGGCUACAAAGUAUCGUGAGUGAACAUACUAAUGCCGUAAAUGAACUCAAUAGGCAUCAUCUGGAUGCGCAGAAUCGUUUAGAGAAUGAGAUUAAGGAUCUCAAGGAGGCCAUACAUCGAUUCAGACUUGAAUUUGAUGAACAAGUGUGUGAAUCAGAGCGUAAGAUUUCUGAAGCUAAUCAGCGCGCACACUUCGCUGAGAUGCGUCUAACGGAAGCGGAGCUUCGAUCUGCUAACUUUUUGUACGAUUUAAAAACUGAGCUAGAAGACACACAAAAGAGGAUCACCCUUUUGUCAUCUGAAUUGGAUGAAGCCAGAAACGAGCGCGGGGAGAUUCUUGCAAGGUAUAACAGAUUGAAACGUGAGCACGUAGUCGAGGAAGAUAGCCACCGCGAGCAUCAAGAAAGACAGGCAGCUGCACUGUCUGAGGCACAUAGGGAAAUACAACUAUUAAAGGGGCAGGUAAGCAUUUUCCAAGAGAAAUCACUCGCUGCUCAGCAUGAGGUGGAGGAUUUGAAACGUCGAUGCAUAAUGCUGGAAGCUGGGAAUGUGGAAACAACAGCUCCUGAGAAUGGUGAUGUGCACCGAGAGAUGGUCAUCGACCCAGAGCAUGAUUCUCUGUCGAAAACAGCUAACAGCGUCGCAGAUGAAACUUUCUCGCAGCUUUCUUCCUUUAAUUUAGUGGCAACACAAAGACAAAGUGAUUCGGUUCCGCGCCCGAAGGUGCUUUAUCCCCCUUUGCCCCUUGAGCCCAAUAUCCUGUUCUCCUCUGUGCAUAAGGAUGAUACAACUGCGAAGUCCCGUGAUCGUCUCGAGAAGGAAGUCAUUCGACAAGCUGCCGAGAUUGGGCGUUUGAAAGGAAACGAAAUGGAGGUUGCUAGCAUGAGAAGAAAACUUACGGAAUUGAACAAAAAGUAUGAUCUACUACUACAAAUGUAUGGACAACUUGAGGAAGAAUACAACACCCAGAAAGAGUUGAUAUCAAAAUCUGUUGCAGGUGAACAUCCUUCUGAGAGGGUUACUUAG